UCCGGGACGUUUGGGGUGAUGAAAGGGUCCUGUAGCCACCUUUCAUUGCCAACUCUCGUAGUGGUCAAGUCGGCAAAGAGGUUUCCGCUACCUGUAAGAAAUCCACCUGCGUUAGGUUGGUGGCGGAAAUGGCAUCCUGGGGUUUUCCGGUCCACGCGGAGCGUGGAAGAGGCUGGAGAAGCGGGAGGCAGUCUGCCGCCGGUACGGGAAGCGUACACAGCUGUGCUCCAGUAGAAGAAGGAUGGUGCAAACCCUGUGAAAAACUUACACCACGAAUUGAAUCAGUUAUAGCAGAGAAGAAGGGCAAAAUACUGCUUGCUAAAGUGGAUGUUGAUGAAAACACUGAUCUUGCCAUGGACUACGAGGUAGGCAGUAUACCAUCCCUCAUAGCCAUUGAAAAUGGGAAGGUAAAAGAAAGGCUAGAUGGGCUACAAAACACUGAGAAAUUAAGAAGUUUUGUUGAUAAAAUCUGUAAGACAGAAAAGGCUGAUGAAUGAAAAAUUAAUGAGAAUUAUAUAUUCCACUGCAAGGCUUGAGCUUUCAGAAGAAC